AUGCACGCCAACAUAACUCCGGCGGUGGUCGAGCACAACGGCAACGGCCAACUUGGCUCCGAGAACCAGGCCACUAAUCGCAGCAAAGGCCCAGUAUCAGUGUCUGCCUUCAAGGAUCUAGGCUUUCUCGAUCGCUACCUGGCGGUUUGGAUCUUCUUGGCGAUGGCCAUCGGCAUCAUUUUAGGCAACUUCGUCCCGGAGAUGGGUCCCACCCUACAGAGGGGCAAGUUUGUUGGCGUGUCGGUGCCAAUUGCCGUUGGUUUACUCGUUAUGAUGUACCCAAUCCUGUGUAAGGUGCGCUAUGAAGCGCUACACAAACUCUUGUCGCAAAGGGGAAUGUGGAAGCAGAUAUGCUUUAGCAUAUUGGUGAACUGGAUUCUCGCGCCUUUUCUCAUGCUUGGCCUCGCCUGGGCUUUCCUUCCAGACAAGAGCGAUCUUCGCAUCGGCCUCAUACUCGUCGGACUCGGGAGAUGUAUUGCCAUGGUUCUCAUCUGGAAUGGCCUUGCCGGCGGAGACGACGAGUAUUGCGCCAUCCUCGUCGCCAUCAACUCGCUGCUGCAAAUGGUUCUCUUCGCGCCGCUUGCCGUCUUCUUAAUCCGCGUCAUCGGUGGGGAGCCGGGCACCUUCGACAUAUCCUACGAAGUCGUCGCCACCAGCGUGGCCGUCUUUCUUGGCAUCCCGCUCGGAGCCGCUGCCGUAACGCGGUUUGUACUCCGCGCGGUGGCUGGGCACGUCUGGUACCAGAGAGUCUUCCUCCGAUUCGUCUCGCCCUGGUCUCUCAUUGGCCUGCUAUAUACCAUUCUUGUCCUCUUCGCCUCCCAGGGUCGCCAGGUCGUCCACCAGAUCGUAUCGGUGCUCCGGGUCGCCUCACCGCUCCUAGUGUAUUUCCUGUUCGUCUUCUUCGUUACCCUUUGGGUCGGACGACUGCUCGGCUUCAAGUUCUCUCAUAUGGUGACGCAAAGUUUCACCGCCGCCAGCAACAACUUUGAGCUUGCCAUAGCCGUGGCAGUGGCGACGUUCGGCCCCGACAGCGAUCAGGCUUUGGCGUCUACCGUCGGCCCGCUGAUUGAGGUGCCCGUCCUAAUCGGCUUGGUAUAUACGGUUCGAUGGAUGGGCAAUAGGUGGAAUUGGAAGUAA